AUGGCCAGUCUUUUCUUUAUGGCACCGAUCGAAGAAGGAAAACGAAAAAAUGUAACGAGCAAUAAUCACAACUCAAAUGUUCUUGAAAAGCCGGAACUAAUAAUUGAUUGCCAGGGUCUUAUAAAUAGAAACGACGGAGAGCUGCUGAAAGUCAAAAAACUGCAAUCAUUGAAUAAAAAGUAUUCUCUUAGCCUCUCGGAGGGAGAAAUUUCAUCUUCCAUUGCUUCAAAUAGCUGCCCGGAAUUCGUUACUUCUCGCAACUACCCCUCAUCAGCCUCGAAUUCCGAUUUUCCUCUCGCCUACUCGCUUGUUCUCCACAAAAACCCCGGGCAAGCGGAACGACUUCUCCGUGCAAUCUACUCUCCCGACAAUGUCUACUGCUUGCAUAUAGAUGCGAAGACGCCUGAAGUUAUUUUCAAAGAUUUCGAAGCCCUAUCAAGCUGUUUUCCGAACGUUUUUCUCGCCCAAAAACGCAAAAACGUAUACUGGGCCUCUUACGAACGACUCCAAGCUGAUUUUAACUGCAUGCAAGAACUUCUUGAGCAUGAAAUACAAUGGCGAUAUUUGAUCAAUCUUUGUGGAGAAGAUUUCCCACUGAAGCGAAAUUCCGAAAUUGUCAGUUAUUUAAAAUCUGUGUAUCCAAAAAACUCAAUCGAAACAUUUCCGAUGACAGUGAGUUGGAAUUUGAAAAAGAAAAUACGAUACGAAAAGCACUGGGAACUGCAUAAAUAUGAGACUGAAUCUGAAUACAAGUUUCACCCAAUGAUGACCGAUAAAGAUAAAAGUCCGCCACCAGGUGGCAUCGAAAUUUUCUCCGGAAUUGCGUAUAACUUUUUCACAAGAGAAUUUAUUCAAUGGGCGCUGGAAGACAAGGAUGUCCGAGAAUUGAUUGAGUGGUCCAAAGAUACAUUUUCGCCAGAUGAGUUUAUUUGGGCGACGAUUAUUCGAAUGAAAAAUGCUCCAGGAAAUGAAUUUAUUGGGAAAAGCACCGAAAACCUAAGUCGUCUAAUUUUAUGGCAAAACAACGUGAAAGAUCAUGAAUGUCAAGGCUAUUUCCGCCGUAAUGUUUGUGUCUUUGGCAGUGGCGAUGUUGGCUGGUUAUUGAGGACGCCAUAUUUUUUUGCAAACAAAUUCGAUGCAGUCGAUGAUUUUGCCCUGCAGUGCCUGGAGGAAGAACUUCGAAAAGAGCCUGAAAUCAAGGAGGAUCAUGAUUGA